AAUUUAUUGAAUAAUUUUAGGUUCGCAUAUUUUUAUGUCUGCAAAUACUAUUAACAACGAAAGUAGCUUGUACCUAGAUCAAUGGUCUUUAAUUUUGUUGGAUUCUGUUAAAAACAAAAAAGUAAAAAGAUUAAAGAAUUUAUUAGAUGCACUUAUCAAUGGAGCAGAUAUAUGCCAUGUUGACGAUUGCUGGUUUGAGUUCCUAGACAGUCGUCCAUCACAUUUAGAUGCAAGAAGCAAGAGUGAAAUGAUAUGUACAGUUUUUAAUUGGAUUUAUUUAUUUGUUAAUGAAAAAAUUAAGAUAAAAAAAGUUGCAGUCAAAGAAUCACUUACUUUUCUAGUAAAAUGUAAACUUCAUAUCUUUGUUUCAUCAGUACUUCAAUGUUCUGAUAAUCAAACUGUUGUUGAUGAUAAAAAUAUAUUCUUGUCAUUGUUUAUUAUAAAAGAAGUUCUUAAACUUCAAAAUUUAAAAGAAACCAGUCAUACUAAAGAAUUGCUGGAGCACUCUGUAAUUGAAAAUCUUAUGCAGAUUAUCAACAAAUGGAACAGACCAAAACUUAUUAAUGUUGCUGCGAUUGAUAUUUUAUUUUGUUUUUGUAUGGAGCAUAGAGAAGCAUGCGAGCGAAUAAUGGAUAUUGAAGGUCAUGAAAGCUUGGCAUUGUUUAUUUUAAAAGAUUGGUCAGAAAAAAGUUUUAUUAACAAGGGAAAGUUUGAGGAUUUCACUAAGUUCGGCAACAAAGAUAUGGUGUACAAAGUUUUUCAAGUUGAAGGUUGGUCUUCAAUAGAAGAUACCCAUUGGAAACUACCUAAUGACAUAGAUUAUGGAAUUGCGUUUCCCCUACUUAUUUCUGGCUUUUAUGCAAAAGUUUUUGCAUUAAAGAUAUUUACUCAGAUUGCUAACAUGAACAACAGAUAUAGAAUGAAACUUUAUGAAUCUUUAGAUUUUAGAAAGCCUGUUUUAGGUUGGCUCUCGACUCCUUCAUUGGGUCCUAGUGUUCAAAUGAUUAUGCAACUGGCAUCUUAUGUUCUUUAUAAUCUUAUGUUAAGUGAAGACAUUACAAAGAAACUUGUCAAUGAGACAAACCUUCUUGAUAUUCUUGAUACAGGACUAUUUAAUCCAAGUUGGCAUAUAUCUCGUCAAUACCAAAUGCUUGUGUUUGCUGUUGCAAAGCAUGGAGGCACAUUGCGAGAUGCUUUGUUGAAAAAUAAGAAUAUUUUUGAAGCAUUGGUUCAUCAACUUUAUUCUAUAGAUGAAGACGUUACUCCAAGACUAAUGCGUUUGAUUGAAGAAUUAUCAAAAGCGUGCAAAACAGCUAACGAACUCUAUCAAUCAGGUUUUAAUCCUAAACUCUUGAUUAAUAAUGGUCAUUUUUAUGCUCAUUCGUAUCAUAUGGAUCAAAUAAGAACAGGGUUUCAAAAAUAUGUUGGGGGUUGGCGUGCAGAAGAGCAAAAGGCUAUUGAUAACAGUAAGCAUUCGGAUAAAAUGUUUGAUAAUCGCCAAAAUGUGGACUUUCUUAAAAGACUUGGUAAUGAUGAAUUAAAAAAAAAAAACUACUCUAAAGCUCUUCAAUUGUAUUCAGAAGCUAUUGAUAGAUGCUCUUUGCGAGUUAAGUGUCCAGACGGUAAAGAUUGCCCUUCUUGGAAAAAGGAUUUAGGAGAGAAUGUGUUUCACUGGUGGGUUGAACCUGCAACCUUGUUCGCCAGUCGUGCUCAGUGUUACUUGAAACUUAAAAAUUGGAAAGCUGCUGUCAGUGAAGCUAGCAAAUCAAUAUGUGCAUGUUGGAUACCUUCAACAGAAGGUGCACCUCGUAGAGAAAAAAUUUUUAUUAAAGCAACAUAUAGGCGUGCAAAAGCUUGGUAUGAGUUAAAAGAUUACCUCAAAGCCCUUAAUGAUAUAUCCUGUGUUUGUGAACUUGCUUCUGAUAAUCUAUUAUUUAAAGCAUUUUACAAAGAAGUACUUUUGGUUCAUCGAAAGUUUAAAAGACGAGAAUUGGUGCGUCACUGUGGAAACUGCGGUGCAGGAGAAGGAAUAAAGCUACGCCGCUGUGCAGAAUGUUAUGAGACAUAUUGUUCAAAAUUAUGCCAAUCAGAAGAUUGGGUUAACCAUAAACAUCUUUGUAAAAUGUUGAAAAAUAGAAAAGAUUGAAUUAUUGA